UUCAGUGUGGUAAAAACUUCAGAGUGGUUGGUCUUUUCAGCACGUGUUUGUUUUGCUUUUUUGAGGUUUGUGAAAUUCAGCUGCAGAAAAUCAUCCAAAAAUGGCUCUAAAAUGCCUCAAAAAAAAACAGUCAAAGAGACAACCAGCGAAGAUAAAGUACAAAAUCCAAAAGAAAGUCCGGGAGCAUCAUCGGAAAUUGCGAAAGGAAGCAAAGAAAGCCGUUAAAUCAGGGAAGAAGAAGCCAGGAGCUAAGAAGAAGAUGAUUCAGGUGCCAAAUAUUUGUCCAUUCAAGGAAGAUAUUCUCAAGGAGGCAGAAGCAGCGAGGCAGCAAGCUGAGGAGGAGAGAAAGCAGCGCCGAGAGAUGCUGAAGCGCAAAAGGGUGGAGAAUCAGACACUGGAAUCUCUCGUGGCAAGUGCACAGACUCGUGGGGCAAUCCAUGAAGCUCUAACGCUGAAGCAAACUCCUACAGAAGGGAAGGUUUACAAGGAAGAGAAGUCCAAGGAGAAUUCCCUCAAAGCCUAUUUCAAGGAGUUCAAGAAGGUCAUUGCAGCUGCUGAUGUGAUACUUGAGGUGGUGGAUGCACGUGAUCCCCUUGGGACGAGGUGUGAGGAAGUUGAGAAGGCCGUGAGGGCAGCUGGGGGUACCAAGAAGCUCGUCGUUGUCCUCAAUAAAGCUGAUCUUGUGCCCCGAGAGAACCUCCUGAAGUGGCUGAAGUAUCUGCGGCAAUUUGGCCCAGCAACCGCCUUCAAAGCCUCCACACAGGAUCAGGCACAGAAGCUGGGACGGAGGAAGUUCACAGAGAGGAAAAAUGAGAAAUCCCUCCAAGGAUCUGUAUGCGUUGGAGCUGAACUCCUCAUGUCCAUGCUGGGAAACUACUGCAGGAAUCAGGGGAUCAAAACCUCCAUCCGCGUUGGGGUAGUUGGGAUUCCAAAUGUGGGAAAGAGUUCAGUGAUUAACUCCCUGAAGCGUAGUCGUGCCUGCAUCGUGGGAUCCACGCCGGGGAUCACGAAGCAAAUGCAGGAAGUGGAGCUAGAUUCAAAGAUUAACCUCCUCGAUUGUCCGGGAAUUGUCUUUUCAAAGGGGAAUGAGAAUGACGUGGCGUACGUUCUCAAGAAUGCCCAGAAAGUGAGUGAUGUGAAGGAUCCCGUUGGUGUGGCCACAGCUGUCCUCCAGAGAGCCACGAAGAUGUUCUUCUGCAAGCUCUACGACAUCACGAUGUUUGACACUCCGGAGGAAUUCUUCGCGAAGAAAGCCAAAAGGAUGGGGAAGAUUAAGAAAGGCGGCAGAUUGGAUAUCUUGGCAGCAGCCAGGAGUGUCCUGGAUGACUGGAAUACAGGUAAGAUUCGCUACUGUACCCAUCCUCCGGAAAGCAUGGACACAGAUUGUCACGUUGGAGCUCAGAUUGUGAGUACAGAAGCCCGAGAAUUCGACAUGGAGAACUUUGAGCAGAUGGAAACGGAAGUUCUGGCUAGUUUUGGGGAAGUUAAGAAGGAGGAAGUGAUGGAGAUCACUUCCUCUGGGCCUGUUACGAUGCAGGAGGUGGAUGAUGAUGACGAUGAUGAUGGAUUGAAGAAUCUAAUUGCUGCGAGGACGCAUAUAAUUGAGCAAGAUGAAGAAGUUGAGAUGAAGGAAGUUGGCCCGAGUGAGACAAAACGAGUGCGCAGGACUGAACCACAAGCUGAGGAGAAGCCCACGGGAGAGGCAGCAAUCCCUGGAAAUCAAUCUCUCAACAAGGACAUGAAGAAUCGCCUAAAGAAGCAGAAGAAGCGUCAAGCAAAGAGUCAGAAGAAGGUGGACAAUGUGGCAGAUGUCCUGGACAGCUUCACUCUGGACACAAAGGAAGAGGAUGACAGUGAUGAUGACUACAGCUUUGACACAGACUUCAAGAACUAAUCAAAUUUGUAAAAUCUGUGAGAAUAAAGAUUAUUUUCGUUUAAAAUCGAGA